AUGGCACGGGUCAAACUGAUCAGUCUCUCGCGUCUAUGGUAUACAAUUAUUGUUGUAUUAAUUCAUUUAAUUUUGAUCUAUUAUGGAAUAAAACAAUGUUAUUUUAACGAUCGAUUACUUUGGCCAAAGUCAUCUCCAUCACCGAAAUUGGAGUUGUUAAUACAAAAAAUCUGUUUGUUAACUUCGCUCGUUUUGCUUUUUGUUUUUAUUUAUCCAUCAUUGUUCCAUAUUGGAAACUACGCCAAUGAUCAUCAACAAUUAACCAAAGCAGAUUUGAAAUAUUCGGGAAAUGAUAUCUUUGCUCGAUUGUGGCAACAUUCAUUUUCAUUGAGUAGUACUUUACAUUUAAUCAUGAGUUUUCUUAUCCUUAUUUCAACUGUUCUUAUUCAUUCGAAACAAAUUAUGGUUGGAAUCAAAGAUGCCGCUUUGUUAUGGCGAACUGAUUAUGAUUUGUUAUUCGAUUGGUCAAUCUCUUCUUCACCUUCAAUGUUCGUUUCCAAACGUUUAACAUUUUCAUCUGUAAAUUCGUCGUCUUUGUCAUUUUCCGUUGAUUCCUAUUCUCGUUUAAGUUUAUUGAAUUUUCUUUUCGCUUCGUUUGUCUGCAUUCUUCGUGAACCAUUCGUCUUCUGGUCAAUUUCCAGAGUCUUCUCCAUUCUCUAUUCCUUCGCCAUUGCUUUAAAUGUUCUUCAAUGGUGUUUAAUGUACGGCGCAUUACAAUUAUUAUUAAAAAAUCUUUGUUUUAAUACAAUUGAAUCCCGACAUAACAUCGGAUAUCUCCUUUCUAAUCAACCUUACACAACCUUUUUCCUCUAUCUACUUUUGGAAUUUCUUGUUUAUAUUUCUUCCAUUACAUUCUAUUAUUAUGCAUAUAAUCGUUUCAAAUCAUCAUCUUACGAUCGUUGCUCAAAUUAUUGUCCAAGUUUAAUUGGAAUCAUUCUUUUAUUAUUAUAUACCGCAUGUAAAAUGCCACUUGUACAUGAUAUAUUUUUACUGUAUAUUCAAACGCGAGUUCGUCUUCUAUUUCUAACUUUUAUUUUUGAAAUUGUUCAUGUUUUAUUAAUUCUUUCUCUCUGGAUUUUCUUAACAACAAAAUUAAAUUGGAAUAUUGAUUAUCAGGAUGAUUAUCCAUCGAAAGUGUAUCAUGGUUUAAACGUACAAAACACUCCCGGACAAGCAAAAUCGUUGCCCGAAUUGAACAAAGAAAAGCCUUAUGAAAAAAUUCGCAUUUUUCAAUCGGAAAUCUAUUAUCACAACCAUCCGAAGAACUGGAGUCUUCCAUUAAAUCAACAUCCGUCAAUGAUGGCAGCAUUUGAUCAUCACGAUGAUAUUAUCACGCGUUCACCAUCGUAUCCAAUAAAUCCAAAUUAUCAUAAUGAAAUACAAUAUCGAAAUGCCAUUCGGAGAACUUUGACGAAUCUAAAUAAUUCUCAACAGCAACAACAAACGAAAGCUGUGUUUUUACGAAGUAACACACCGCCAACACCACCUGUGAAACGAUUUACGAAAGAACAAGUAGAAGCAGCUCGGCUAAGAGCGAAACAAUUGAUUCUCCAACAACAAAAAGCAAUGGAAUAUACUCAACAGCGACACUCAGCAGCUUUACUUAUUAGUCAAGUGUAA